UUUCAUCUUCUCAGUGACGUUUCGUCAAACCAAAAUAACCAAAAAUUCUGUCCAAAAGUACUUCAGAUUCACACCACCCCGGCCCUCUCCCUCUCUUUCUUAAAUCACGGCGCCAUCACCUUUACCGACGAAAGAAAUGCAGGCAACGAGGUCGCGCCGCAAAGUGGCGCCAGCAGCCGCAUAUGGCGGUGAUUCGGGUGAUAAAUUGGAACAACUCCUCCUUUCCUCCGCCAUCUGUAACGGCGAGGACCUCGGUCCUUUUGUCCGCAAGGUGUUCGCUUCUGGAAGGCCUGAAAUCCUCCUCCACCUCCUCCGUCACUUCGCUCGUUCUAAGGAAUCGGAAAUCGAAGAAGUUUGUAAAUCUCACUACCAAGAUUUCAUCCUGGCCGUCGAUGAUCUCCGAUCCCUUCUCUCCGAUGUCGAUUCUCUCAAAUCUACUCUCUCUGACUCCAACUCAGGACUCCAAUCUGUUGGUGGUCCUCUCCUUUCUUCCCUUGACUCCUUCGUUGUAGCUCAAAAUGUUUCAAAGAACGUAAACUCCGCUUUGCAGUCGGUGACAUUGUGUAUUAAGCUGAUGGAGCUUUGCUCGACAGCUAAUCUUCAUGUCUCAAACGGCAGUUUCUACAUGGCAUUGAAGUGUUUAGACUCGAUGGCAAACGAGUUCCAAGAUAAAAUACCAUCAUCUACUUUAAAAAGGAUGCUGGAGAGGAAGAUUCCUGAGAUUCGAUCUCAUAUCGAGCGCAAAAUCAGCAAAGAGUUUGGCGAUUGGCUCGUUGAUAUUCGCGUGGUCAGCCGCAAUUUAGGGCAAAUAGCAAUCGGACAAGCCUCGGCUGCUCGACAACGCGAAGAAGAUCUGAGAAUCAAGCAAAGGCAAGCCGAAGAACAGAGUCGACUCAGCUUGAGAGGUUGCUUUUACGCUUUAGAAGAAGAUGAUGAUGAAGUUGAACUUGGAGGAGACGAUAAUGAAAGUUAUAAUAACGGUAAUAACGGCUUGUUUGGAUUUGACUUGACUCCACUUUAUCGAGCUUAUCAUAUUCAUCAAACUUUAGGACUCGAAAAUCGAUUUAAGCAGUAUUACUUUCAGAAUAGAAAGCUUCAAUUAACCUCUGAUUUUCAAGUAUCUUCUAUGACUCCGUUUCUUGAAUCUCAUCAAACAUUUUUUGCUCAAAUUGCGGGGUUCUUUAUAAUAGAAGAUCGCGUUUUAAGGACAGGCGGGUGUUUGGUUUCCAAAAUGGAGGUUGAGAAUUUGUGGGAGACUGCUGUUAGUAAAAUGUGCUCUGUUUUAGAGGAUCAGUUUUCUAGGAUGCAAACUGCUAGUCACCUGUUACUGAUUAAGGAUUAUGUGAGUUUGUUAGGAGUUACUUUGCGUAGAUAUGGCUAUCCUGUUGAUGCAUUGCUUAACGUUUUGAGUAAGCAUAGGGAUAAGUACCAUGAGCUGUUAUUAUCUGAUUGCCGGAAGCAGAUCGCGGAAGCUCUUGCUGAUGAUAAAUUUGAGCAGAUGUUGAUGAAGAAGGAUUACGAGUACUCGAUGAAUGUGCUGUCUUUCCAGUUACAAACAUCAGAUAUCGUUCCAGCAUUUCCUUACGUUGCACCAUUUUCAUCUACUGUGCCUGAUUGUUGCCGGAUUGUGAGAUCUUUUAUCGAGGAUUCUGUUAGCUUCAUGUCUUAUGGUGGGCAGUUGGAUUUCUAUGAUAUCGUAAAGAAGUAUUUGGACCGGCUUUUGGGUGAGGUUUUGGAUGAGGCUCUUUUGAAGCUGAUAAGUUCUUCUAUACAAGGGGUUUCUCAGGCAAUGCAGGUCGCAGCAAAUAUGGCUGUUUUGGAGCGAGCUUGUGAUUUCUUCUUUCGUCAUGCUGCACAGCUUUCAGGCAUUCCUUUGAGAAUGACAGAAAGGGGAAGGAAGCAGUUUCCUCUUAACAAAGCCCGUGAUGCUGCAGAAGAGAUGCUGUCUGGGAUGCUCAAGAGAAAGGUUGACGGUUUCCUGACUUUGAUCGAGAAUGUGAACUGGAUGACUGAUGAAGCUUCACAAGGUGGUAAUGAAUAUGUGAAUGAGGUUAUAAUAUAUUUGGAAACUUUGGUUUCUUCCGCUCAACAGAUAUUGCCUACUCAAGUUCUUAAAAGAGUUUUACAAGAUGUUCUUUCUCACAUAUCAGAGAAGAUUGUUGGGGCUUUACUGGGAGAUUCAGUGAAGAGGUUUAACGUAAAUGCUAUUAUGGGGAUCGAUGUAGAUAUCCGGUUGUUAGAAUCUUUUUCGGAUAACCUAUGUCCUGCGCUUUCUGAAGGGGAUGCAAAUCUGUUGAAAAAUGCACUUGCAGAGUCAAGGCAGAUGAUCAAUUUGCUUUUGAGCAACCAGCCAGAGAAUUUUCUGAACCCAGUAAUUAGAGAGAGGAGUUACAAUGCCCUGGACUACCGGAAAGUCAUGACGAUUUCAGAGAAGUUUAGGGAUUCAUCGGAUCGGCUAUUCGGAACCUUUGGGAGCCGCGGUGCGAGGCAGAAUCCGAAAAAGAAAUCUUUGGAUGCAUUGAUAAAAAGACUCAAGGAUGUGAGCUGAUUUGGCAAGGAGCUGUA